ACGCAGCCAAUAGUCGCGUCAAACGAAGGACAAGCGCCAAAGUGGUACGUUUUUCGAAACGUGGCGCGUGGCUUGAAACUCGGCAGCGAUGAAGCAUUGGCGAUCUGUUGGCAAACGAACAGGAUCAGAGGUUGCUCGCUGUAGGUUAAUCGAGAAAAGGCGACGUGAGAGAGGAAUCGUGUCUCAGGUAACUGUACAACAUCCAACCGUUUCGCGUUCCAUCCGCUCGCGAAUAUUUUUCUUUCCUCCCUUUGUCAUAAGUUACAAGUGCGCAUGGUCGACUGAAGUAUGCGCGUUGUAUACAACGCGUUUUCUCGUCUCUACGACGAAGGGUCGACAGCAAGGACACGAAUUAUUUUGGUAAUUGUAUCGCACGACUCUUGUUGACGAAAGCAGGUGGGGAGAGGAGAAGGCUCAAUAAAGUAGAACGCGCUCGCGAAAUUGUUUAGAAGUAGACAUUAAACGGUGUGAACCGGAUAACGGUUGGGAAUGUACCGUCGUAGCGAAGUAGGAAUAACGAGAGAUUACCAACGAUUCGACAGUUGUCAGUUCAAAUCGAGGGAAGGAUAAUACCCGGCCCUCGCGCCGUUCUUUGAUAACGCUUAUCGUGUGUACGUAAGCGGCAUAAUCCAAUACUCGUUGCAUCUCAAAUUCUUCUAACAACAUUCUUCUAACGUCUUCACGUAUCCGUCACGUGUCGCAGGAGCAUUUUGAACGAAACGGAAGACCGUUACACGCAUACGAAAUAGUUCGACCUAAAAAAAUUUAUCAACGACAACCAACAUGAAUCAUCAGCACCCGCAGCCGCAGCCGCCGUGGCUUUUAGAGAUGAAUAUUUUCGUCACUCACGUGGAACCCGACAACGCACACCUAAAGAUAUGGGCCCAGGUGGACAAGAAGGCUGUUACCAAAAUCAAGAAUGACAUUUGUCUUCUCAAGGAACAAUUUAAUCAAAGAAAUAACUGCUUCCCUGUACCUAAACCAAUAAUCGGCACGCUGUGCUGUGCCAGAUUUCAAAACUAUGGUAUCUUUCGAGCGAAAAUACUCGAAGUGUAUCCUAAUCACCUGUUUCUCGUGAAAUUUAUUGACUUUGGCAAUACGAAUAUUGUGUUAUUGAGAGAUAUCUAUUUCCUGCAUAAUAUUAAUGGAGCCGAACGUCUGCUAACUUAUCCGCCGAUGGCAGUAAAAUUUAAAUUGUGCAAUGUAUUUCCUGUAAACGGUGUUUGGGAACAAAAGACGAUCGAGACAAUUAAAAAGAUUUUAUGUUACAAUAAAUACAGAGCAGUGGUGAACGAUAAUUGUUGCUUGAUUAAACUGUGGUAUAAUAAUAGAGAUUUCAGCGACCUGUUGGUAAAGGAACGUAUGGCUAUACGAGCUCCUUUGCAAAACGUGUUCAGACAGAAGCAUACGCUGCAAUCUCGAAUGCUGAUUCAACAAAUCCCGUAUCAGCCACAGAAUAUCGGCAAUAUGAAUAACUUCGCGGCAAUGUCGAUGCAAAGCCCUAACAUGAAUCAUAAUGCCAUUACAGAAGAGAUGUGUAAGACUUGUUCUCCUGAUUUUAAUCAACAUAAACCUACUGCUCAACCAAUGCAGCAGCAUCCCCAGCCACCUCAGCAUCCUUCGCCACCGCAGCAUCCUUCGCCAUCGCAGCAUCCUUCGCCACCGCAGCAUCCUUCGCCACCGCAGCAUCCUUCGCCACCGCAGCAUCCUUCGCCAUCGCAGCAUUCUUCGCCAUCGCAGCAUCCCUCACCACCGCCUGUUCAAGAAAUGCUUGUGUUUAAAUCACGAGUAUUAGAGGAGGACUCAAAACACGAAGUAUUUAUAUCGUACGUGGAGGACGGCCCGCAAAAGUUUUCUGUACAGCUUGAAAAGCAAAGAGAUACAUUGACUCGUCUUAUGAACGAAAUAAACAGUCGUCCAAAGCAACCGCUGCAGGAACCACCGUUGCCAGGAUCGGUUUGCCUGGGACGCUACAAUGACGGAGACCACAGGGUGCUGUGUCGAGCGGUUGUCAUGUCUGUGAUGGAACAUAAAUGCAAAUUAUAUUACGUUGAUUUUGGCCGUACGGAAGUUUUGCCGCACACGGAUAUUUUCAAAUUGCCACCUGAAUACAUCAAUCCUAAAGUAUUCUCCAUGCGAUUCACAUUAAGCGGCUUAAAGGAACUGAUUAUUUUACCUGAAAUAAAAAAGUAUUUUACGCAACUAGUGCACAAAAAAUUACUUACUUUACAUGUCCGUCCACCGGAAAAACCACAGUUGAUUCAGUAUUGUGACUUGUACGACAAUGGUGUCAACGUAAAGGAUAUGCUGAAGAAAGUAUUUCAAGCACCAGCUACGAUGAUACCGAUAACGUGUUCCUACCCGCAAUUACGACAAUUGAUAAAAGACUAUCAGGAAGUUGUGCACGUCUCUUACGUGGAGUCGUGUAAAAAAUUCUUUGUGCAACUUGACAGUGGGAUAAAGCCUCUUGAGUCAAUAAUGGACGGCCUGGCGCAGUAUGCAAAAACUGCGUCUAGUUUAAAUAUAACGCAAUUAAAAGCAGGAAGACCCUGUGCCGCUCUAUACGAUUCGCAAUGGUACCGUGCACAAAUCCUUGCCAUUGUUGAAGACCAAAUUAAAGUAGUAUAUGUUGAUUAUGGAAACGAGGAGUUAUUGUCUGUUGUAUCUCUUCGCACUAUUCAUGACGAUUUGGUAACGAAGUUACCUGCUCAAGCUAUACAGUGUGCACUGAAUGGCUAUGAAGUGCUCUCAUUAGAUCAAGAAGUGGCUAAUCAUUUUGAAAGAUUGACGCUUGAGAAAAAUUGUAUCAUGAAAGUAGUCGCCGCGCAACCCAAUGGCCUAUUAGUCGAUUUAUUCGAAUUUGAUUCAAAGAAGAGCAUUCAUCUUCAGUUACUGAAUAACAUGUUCUGCGAUAAAACCGACAAUUUUACCAGCACACGAAAUGAAGAAAUUCAGCUUGUAAAGCCAAUAAAUGAAUUCCAAAGGAAAGAUAAGGAUAAAUAUAAUAAAAAUAGCAUGGAUUCUGGGAAUCGUAAUCAAAACAUUAAGUUUAAAGACCACCAAGAGAAAAAAUAUCAAAACAAUAAACCAAAUUGGAGAGACGAAUGGUCUCUAGAGAAACAAUACGAUAAUAGACGCGAGAGAACUAGUGAUUCUUAUCGUGGUUCUUAUCCACAAAACGAUCGAUUUAUCAAAGAUAAGCCAAUAAACAAUAGAUUUGAUAGAGAAAAGUCGUUCACCAAACAUGAUGAGAGAGAGAAUGAUACAUUUAACAGAGAAACCCCACGUGAUCAUGGAAAUAAAUUCAUAGGUAAUGAAAGAAAAUACAACCGUUACAUUCCUUAUAAAGCAAAUAGCAACAAAGAUUUGGAUACUUCAUCCAAAGGUAAUGAUAGACAAGGCAAAAGUGGUAUUAAACGUAAUGAUUUUAAUAACAAUCGAGCGGGAAACCACGACAGUAGUGGAAUAGCUACAGUUGUAGAUUAUGCUCCUCCUGAUCAAAAAUGGCGAACAAUGUUAUUUGAGUCUGAAUCUAGACAGGAUGUUCUUGUGACAUGGUUUGUAAAUCCUAACAAAUUAUAUUGCUCACUGUUGUCUUUGGAAACAGAAUAUAAAAAAAUGAUGAGUGAAAUUCAAAGAGCAUAUGCUGAUAGAGAACCUGUGACACAUAAAUUGAAGAUUGGCUCAGCAGUCAUAGCUAUAUUUUCUGAAGAUGAAAUUUUUUAUCGAGCAGAAGUCGUAGAAACGAAGAAGGAAGCAUAUGUAGUUCAAUACAUAGAUUUUGGGAAUUGCGCGAUUGUAAAGCAAGGUCAUCUCUAUCCCGUCGAGAAAAAAUUUAUGCAGUUGCCCAAAUUAGCAAUACAAUGUUCCUUAAAAAACAUCAUACCCUAUAAUAAUUUAAAUUGGCCUGAAAUGGAUAAAAAGAUAAUCGAUUGUUUCACAGCUUAUAAAAGCGAAUGCAUAUUCCAUGAUUUUAGUGACAAUCAGUAUACAAUUUCAUUAAAUUGUGAUGGACAAAAUGUGGGUAAUAAGUUAGUACAACAAAAUCUUGCAGCUUUGGCUACAAAAACUUUAAUUAAAGCAACCAGUGUUGCAGAAACAUCUAAUAAAGAAGUAAAAAAGCUCAGUGAAAAAGUAGAAAGAGUAGACAUGAGUCUCUCGAAUAGCCAAACUCUCAAAAUGAGAAAUUCUAGUGCAGAAAGCACAAUUCCGUUUUAUGUCCAGCUUCUAUCUGCUACAAAAUGUAAAACCGUAGUUGAUCAAUAUAUGGCCAAUAAAGAUACGAAGGCGUUGGCUUUGAAACGAUGCACGUUGGAGAAACCGAAUAACAUCGUUGCAUGGAGUGACAAAGCUUGUGUCAAGUUCAAAGAACUUGCCACCGGAGGAACCACAAUAUUCCAGUGUGAAGAAGAAACUCUCAACGAAAACGACUCAAUGCUUGUUCGAUCAAGUCUAAACCAUGGUAUUAACUUAUUAUCUAAAUGCGAAAACAUUCCAGAAGUUGAACAAGAACCGAUCAACCAAACGAAUAAUCUGAAAUGUGUUAAUCAAAUAAUUGAGCAUGAAGUUGAAACAAUGUUUAAUAAAGCAAUUAAUGAAGACUCUGAUAUAAACAAAAACUCUAGCAAAAAUCGACAAAUCGCGAGCUCCAGCGAAAUCGAAGAGAAAACAGAAGGCAAUUUUAAAGGUGUAGUAGCUGAAAGUAUUUCAAAAUUGGAAGAAAAUGGCGCAGCUGCAAUGGCUAAAGAUUUAGAUAAUUCCACAAUUAAAAUUAUUCCUAAUGUAAAUACUUCCAUUGCAUCAACUCCUAAAGCAUCUGUUGCAAUGGAACUUAGCGUUAAAGAAAAAAUUAAAAGCACGAUAAGUGACGUCACCGACGAAAUAGAAUCGCAAAAAGUCGAUGAUGUAAAUUUAUUAAAUGUACAUGAAGUACAGCAGAAUGUUGCUCAAACGGAUGCAAAUAAACAACAAGAAUUACUUUUUCUACUUUCUCAAAUACAAUCUAUAGAUGUAAAUAAAUCUUCAGAUGUGCAGAUCUUAAAAGUCAUUGAAGAUUUAAAAAUUGUAUCGGGGGAAAUUUCUGAAGAUGUAGUAGCUGAAUGUAUUUCAAAAUUGGAAGGAAAGUUUGCAGCUGGAAUGGCUAAAGAUUUAGAUAACUCCACAAAUAAAAUUAUUCCUAAUGCAAGUACUUCCACAGCAUCAGCUCAUCAAGCAUCCGUUGUAACGGAACUUAGCGUUGAAGAAAUAAUUAAAAGCAUGAUAUGUGACGUCGCCGACGAGGUAAAAUCACAAAAAAACUAUGAUGUAAAUUCAUUAAAUGUACAUGAAAUACAGCAAAAUGUUGCUCAAACCGAUGCGGAUAAAGUGCAAAAAGUACUUUCUCAAAUACAAUCUAUAGAUAUAAAUGAAUCUUCAGAUACGCAGAUUUCAAAAAUCAUUGAAGAUUUAAAAAUUAUAUCGGAGAAAAUUUCUGAAGACGUAGCAGUUGAAUGUUAUUUAAAAUUAGAAAAAAAGUUUGCAGCUGCAAUGGUUAAAGUUUUACAUAACUCCACAAAUAAAAUUAUUCCUAAUGUAAAUACUUCCAUUGCAUCAACUCCUAAAGCAUCUGUUGUAACGAAACUUAGCGUUGAAGAAAAAAUUAAAAACACCAUAAGUGAUGUCACCGACGAGAUAGAAUCGCAAAAAGUCGAUGAGGUAAAUUUAUUAAAUGUACGUGAAAUACAGCAGAAUAUUGCUCAAACCAAUGCAAAUAAUCGGCAAGAACUACUUUCUCAAAUACAAUCUAUAGAUGUAAAUAAAUCUUCAGAUGUGCAGAUUUUAAAAGUCAUUGAAAAUUUAAAAAUUGUAUCGGGAGAAAUUUCUGAAGAUGUAGUAGCUGAAUGUAUUUCAAAAUUGGAAGGAAAGUUUGCAGCUGGAAUGGCUAAAGAUUUAGAUAACUCCACAAAUAAAAUUAUUCCUAAUGCAAGUACUUCCACAGUAUCAGCUCAUCAAGCAUCCGUUGUAACGGAACUUAGCGUUGAAGAAAUAAUUAAAAGCAUGAUAUGUGACGUCGCCGACGAGGUAAAAUCACAAAAAAACUAUGAUGUAAAUUCAUUAAAUGUACAUGAAAUACAGCAAAAUGUUGCUCAAACCGAUACGGAUAAAGCGCAAAAAGUACUUUCUCAAAUACAAUCUAUAGAUAUAAAUGAAUCUUCAGAUAUGCAGAUUUCAAAAAUCAUUGAAGAUUUAAAAAUUAUAUCGGAGAAAAUUUCUGAAGAUGUAGCAGUUGAAUGUUAUUUAAAAUUAGAAGAAACGUUUGCAGCUGCAAUGGCUAAAGUUUUACAUAACUCCACAAAUAAAAUUAUUCCUAAUGUAAAUACUUCCAUUGCAUCAACUCCUAAAGCAUCUGUUGUAAUGGAACUUAGCGUUGAAGAAAAAAUUAAAAGCACCAUAAGUGACGUCACCGACGAGAUAGAAUCGCAAAAAGUCGAUGAUGUAAAUUUAUUAAAUGUACGUGAAAUACAGCAGAAUAUUGCUCAAACCAAUGCAAAUAAUCGGCAAGAACUACUUUCUCACAUACAAUCUAUAGAUAUAAAUGAAUCUUCAAAUGGGCAGAUUUUAAAAGUCUUUGAAGAUUUAUCCGGGAAAAUUUCUGAAGAUGUAGUAGCUGAAUAUUUUUCAAAAUUGGAAGGAAAGUUUGCAGCUGCAAUGGCUAAAGAUUUAGAUGACUCCACAAAUAAAAUUAUUCCUAAUGCAAGUACUUCCAUUGCAUCAGUUCCUAAAGCAUCCGUUGUAACGAACCUUAGCGUCGAAGAAAAAAUUAAAAGCACGAUAAAUGACGUCACCGAUGAGAUAGAAUCGCAAAAAGUCGAUGAUAUAAUUUUAUUAAAUGUACAUGAAAUACAGCAGAAUGUUGCUCAAACCGAUGCGAAUGAUCGGCAAGAACUACUUUCUCAAAUACAAUCUAUAGAUAUAAAUGAAUCUUCAAAUGGGCAGAUUUUAAAAGUCUUUGAAGAUUUAUCCGGGAAAAUUUCUGAAGAUGUAGUAGCUGAAUAUUUUUCAAAAUUGGAAGGAAAGUUUGCAGCUGCAAUGGCUAAAGAUUUAGAUGACUCCACAAAUAAAAUUAUUCCUAAUGCAAGUACUUCCAUUGCAUCAGUUCCUAAAGCAUCCGUUGUAACGAACCUUAGCGUCGAAGAAAAAAUUAAAAGCACGAUAAAUGACGUCACCGAUGAGAUAGAAUCGCAAAAAAUCGAUGAUAUAAUUUUAUUAAAUGUACAUAAAAUACAGCAAAAUGUUGUUCAAACCAAUGCAAAUGAUCGGCAAGAACUACUUUCUCAAAUACAAUCUAUAAAUAUAAAUAAAUCUUCAAAUGUACAGAUUUCAAAAAUCAUUGAAGAUUUCAAAAUUUUAUUGGAGAAAAUGUCUGAAUAUGUAGUGGCUGAAUGUAUUUCAAAAUUGAAAGAAAAUGUCACAGGUGCAAUAGCUAAAGUUUUAGAUGACUCUACAAAUAAAAUUAUUCCUAAUGCAAGUACUUCCAUUGCAUCAGCUCAUAAAGCAUCCGUUGUAACGGAAGAACGAAACCGAUGCGAAUGAACACUAAGAACUACUUUCUCAAAUACAAUCUAUAGAUAUAAAUAAAUCUUUAGAUGUGCAGAUUUUAAAAGACAUUAAAGAUUUAAAAAUUUUACCAGAGGAAAUUUUGUUUGUAAUGACUGAAUUCCAUGACGUCAUGCAACUUGAUGCUAGUCAAGCCAAGGAGGAAGAAAUACGCGAGAUGGAACCUAGUGCAAAGUCUUCAACAUCCAAAAUGAUAGAAAUGAUCGUGUUUACCGAAAAAACAAAUAAAUCUCGAGCAAAUUUAAAAGCAAAGUCCAAUAAAAGAAAGAAAUCAUUUCUAAAAGUAGAAACAAUAAUGGUUUGAAUACAAAUACGAGUAACGAUUUCUCGGAAUUUACCGCUGUAGUAGAAUCAUCGACCCCAAUUAAGACUGAGGUACAUAGUCAUUUAGAAAAACGAUCAGAAGACAAGAAAGUGUUUGAAUGUUUCUCCGAAGGCGUGCCAUCUCCGAAGUCGGAAGCGAAACGUACUAUGACACCAAAGACUUCACAUUCAGAGACAAUCGUAGUCACUGUUGUAGAUUCCUAUGUACAUACAGCCAGAACUUGGCAGCGAAAAUGAUGAGGUACUUAGUAGUAUUUCAGUAGAAAAUAGCAUUCCGAAAUACGUAUAAUUUUAUAGCAUAGCGGAUACGUAUUGCAGCGCAAAUUUAUAUGCACAUACACAUUAUAUGUGUGUACAUAUAAAUUUAUAGUAUAAGAAUGCAAACUUAUAUUUUUUUUUGUUCUCUGAUUGGAAAAAAGCAAAUUUAUAUAUAUAUAACAUAAUUUUUCCAAAAGAUUAUUUUUGUUUGCGUUUUCUCAUUACAUUUACAUAAAUAUAUUUGAGAAAGAAAAAGAAUAUUGCUGUGCGCAUAAUAAUAUACGGCAAUUGUUCAGUUUUUCUGUUUUUUUUACAAGCGACACAAAUAUGCCACGUUUCUUAUAAACGUACUACAUCUUGCUGCUACAAUACACGACACGCCAAACAUGCAACCAAAGAUUGCUUUACUUAAUCGAUAGCGGUUUUAUUUUUAUUUUAUAUGUUUUUAUAUAUAAUGCUAAUUAACUUGUUUAGAAUGUUGAAUAAUUGCUAUUCUUUACGAUUCGUAAUUCUUUCAAGUUAAUCUGAUUAAUUCAAUAUUUUUUCAGUUUUCUUUUUCAAUUUAAAAUCAUUUUCUAUUUUAUGAUAAUUUACUUACAUUAUUCAUACAACUUUAUUAUUCAUUAUUCAUACAACUGCUUUUGACAAGUAUAAUAAGUCAACUGAAAUUUUACUUGUUUGACAUCCAUAUUAUCAAUCAUUACGAAUUAUAAUGUAAUCAUAUGUUUGGAAUAAUUUUUAAUGGCAGCAGAAAAAACUACUAUUACAAGAUUCUUUAUUAUGAUUGAUUUAUACACACAAAAAGAAUAAUUUUACUUUUAUCUAAACAUUUAACUGGUUACAUAUAUAAAAAUAAUUUUAUUGGACCAUCAAAAUAAUU